CUAUUUAUACGUCAGAGAGUUGACAGAGUGAUGGUGAGAGUUUGUGAAUCGCGAGUUGAACUCGCUGUGAAGACUUCGCCGGCGCGUUGAACGCCGACGAGUCCGGAUCUUUGGAGGAUGAUCGACGGUGAUCCUGCUGUAGAUCUCUUUGGGGUGUUGGGCUUGAUGUAAUGCGGCUUCGAUCGAGAGAAGUUCUGGGGACCAGCUCAGAAUCUCACAGACGAUAAAAUAAUCAUAACCUUUUCUUUAUUGCAAGAGAACUUUCUUAUAUUUCUUUUAGCCCAACUGCUUGCUCAGGAUAAGACUGCUGUUCCUGCUUUUUCUCCAAAAUUUUUAUGAUAUGGUGUAUUUCAGGUGUCCUUGUGAUUUCUAGUGCCUCCCACCAAAAGUUGGGCGGUCAAACAAAGGCUGCAUUCUUUUCUGCAGAUCUUUGUUAAACCGAAUCAUCGCCAUGGGUGCUUGCAUCUCAACUCCCCACAGAAGGCCUAGAUCUCGAAGGAGGUAUAUUAUAAGAUUCAGAAGAUGCCAUGGAAAGAUAUCCGCUUCUGUUCCUGAUGCUCCAAGCGCCCAUUUUAGCAACAAAGCAAAUCACCUGCCAGAAUUUGGUCGGAGCGAAUGUGGACACAAUGAUACUGCUGCUGUGUCUCGUCGAAAGUCUGAAGUUUCGAAUUUGACAUUCCAUCUCACUCAGUUGCAGUGGCAUCACAGCCAGUCUGAUGCAAAUGUUAUCUGCCAAGAAGAUGCUUGGUUUGACUCGGUCAGUAUUCUGGAGUCUGAUUCUGACGAUGAUUUUAGCAGCGUUCAUGGAGACUGUUUUCCGUCCGUAAACAACGCAAUUGGUACUCAGAUACAGCCGUAUGAAAAUGCUUCACGGUUUGCAGAUGCUAUCUGUAAGUUUGAGGAAAUUUGUGAUAGCACUCAGCUUUCAUUGGCAGUUGAACAAUAUUUCAGAAAAGAUGGAUGCAGAUCUGAGGAUCUGAUGAACAAAGUUGAAUGCAAAGAAGAUAAUAAACCUUCAGCUUUAAGCCUGCAAGGCUAUGAACCUCCCAUGGGAAAGGUCGAUGAGGCCAACUCUGGAGCCCAAGUCUUUGAACAUUGUAUGAAACCAAAAAAAGCUUUAGCAGAAACUCAUGGAAGUUUUAAAGGAUUUAAGGAGUGCAAGACUGAUACAGAAGACAAAUCUCGAGAGAAUUCUUUGAUGCAGAUGGCAUCAUCUUGCUUACCUCGGUUGACUACUUCUGUUAGUUUCACCAAUAAAAAUCAACAGAUUCAAAAUGUUAGCUCACCAUGUCAAAAGAGAAAGUCAGCAGUCAUCAGGCUUUCUUUUAAAAGAAAAUCAUAUGACGGAGAUGAGCCUACUGAAAUCUGUGCUUCAAAGAAAUUCUUGUAUCGCCCACGAGGUGGUCUCUCAGUCCCAUGUUCAAUGGGUGAGAAACUGAAGGAAAACUGCUGGUCUGCCCUUGAACCUUCAACCUUUAAGCUGCGAGGAGAAAACUUUUUCCGAGAUAAGAAAAAAUGUCCUGCUCCAUGCCAUGCUCCAUACACUCCUAUCGGUGUGGAUUUAUUUCUCUGUCCUCGCAAAGUAAAUCAUAUUGCUCAGCACAUUGAGCUUCCAAGCAUAAAGGCACACGAGAAAGUUCCCGCACUUCUUAUCGUUAAUAUUCAGCUGCCUACUUAUCCGGCUGCUAUGUUCCUCGGUGAUAGUGAUGGAGAAGGCAUGAGCCUUGUAUUAUACUUCAAAGUUUCUGAAGAUUUUGACAAACUAAUUCCAUCUCAUGUUCAAGAUAGUAUCAAGAAAUUUGUUGACGAUGAGAUUGAAAAGGUCAAAGGGUUCCCGCUGGACUCGAACAUUCCUUUUAGAGAAAGGUUGAAAAUAAUGGGCAGGGUUGUUAAUCCUGAAGAUCUCCAUUUAAGUGGUGCAGAAAAGAAGCUACUAAAUGCUUACAAUGAAAAACCAGUACUUUCACGUCCUCAGCAUAGUUUCUAUGAGGGUUCAAAUUACUUUGAGAUUGACCUUGACAUACAUCGGUUUAGUUACAUUUCAAGAAAGGGACUCGAGGCUUUUCGAGAACGGUUAAAACAUGGGAUCCUCGAUGUUGGCUUGACAAUACAGGCACAAAAGCAAGAGGAAUUGCCGGAGCAAGUCUUGUGCUGCUUGAGAUUAAACAAGAUCGAUUUUGUUAGCCACGGGCAGAUACCAACAAUCAUGACCCUGGGCGAUGACCGAUCCUGAGCUCCAGAUUUCGUACUCCUCUCCUUCAAAUCGACAUCACCGGGUCUGCAGAGAAGAAUGCUCGGACGCUUGCAAACCAGUCAUCUCCAAGGCUGCACUAGGUAUCUGUUAAGUCAAAAAGCCUACAUAUCAUGCAGAAUAAGUCAUUCAAAUCAUCUUUAUUUAAUUAACAAGUUGCAAAUGUAGUUGGCUUAGUGAAGGGCAAAAAUAGAUAGGGUCGAAAUCCUGGAAAUCGAAGAAUAUUUUUUGUUUCACAUUGAUUUCUUUAAAAAGAAUUGAGACAUUUCUCACCAAUGAAGUACUUCAUGUUUGUCCAUCA